CUCUCUCAUCGGUGGUGGGGCUACAAGGCUUCAUAACUUUGGCAUUAAGGCCUGCCUUCUCUCCUCCAUAACAAUCACCACUUCAAACAGUCUACAGAGAGAAAAAAGAAGAAGAAAGUGAAACACACCCGUUACCAACAAUAAAGCAAAAGAAAGAAAAUAUUGGAGAGAUAAAGAGAGGAAUCAGGGCAAGAAGGAGGGUUUUUCGCUUUUUCUGGUUGAAGAAAAAGAGGGAAGAACAAGAAAUGACUACCCAAACACAGCUACAAACACAGAGGCAAUCAAGUGAACAGCUUCAAACACUGAUGCAAGCUGGUCAAAUUUCAGGGAGCUUGAGCUUCAAUGGGUUGAUGACUAAAGAAGACGAAGAGAUGUCUAGGUCUGCUCUUUCUACUUUUAAAGCUAAAGAAGAAGAGAUUGAGAAGAAAAAAUUGGAAGUUAGGGAAAGGGUUCAAGCUCAGUUGGGUCGUAUUGAAGAAGAAACCAGACGUUUGGCUAAUAUCCGUGAGGAACUCGAAGCGCUAACAGAUCCAAUGAAGAAAGAAGUUUCAGUCGUUCGUAAGAAGAUUGAUUCCGUCAACAAAGAGUUGAAGCCACUGGGACAGACCUGUCAGAAAAAGGAAAGGGAGUAUAAGGAAGCCCUGGAUGCAUUCAAUGAAAAGAACAAAGAGAAAGUACAACUCAUCACAAGAUUGAUGGAGCAGCUGGUGAGCGAAAGCGAGAAGAUGAGGAUGAAGAAGCUGGAAGAGCUGAGCAAGAGCGUUGAAACGAUACAAUAAGUGUGACGACAACCUGAUGCUGAUGGGCUUAAGCUAAUUAGGUUUGUGUGAUGUAUUUAAGAAAGAAGAUCUUUUCCCCUUCUUUUGGCUAUGUUCUUAUUACAUAUGGGUUUGGUUGAAAAAUUUCUGUCGGUUUUUCGUUUGUUUUAAGUUUGAUUAGUCGUGGUCGUUAAUGGGUGUUUGUAUUUUGCUGAUCUAGGUUUGGAAAUACCUCUGUAAAAACAGGUCUGUAACUAAAAUCAUGUCAAAAACCUCUUUGUUUCCAUUUCUAGACUUCAUUUUUUACUGUUAGUUUGUCCAUUUUUAACUCUUGAAAGAUGGUGGAUUCUGUAUUUUGUUAUAUAUAUUUGAAGUUCGAUUUGC